AUGCACACAACACCUGAAGAGAAGGCCGCGCGGCUCCAAACGCAGCACCAGGGCAAAGCCAAGGCCCGCGCAGCCCAGGAGACGAACGCGACGCAUGCUCAAAAGGCGAGUGAGACGCCCGAAGAGAAGGCCGCGCGGCUCCAAACGCAGCGCCAGGGCAAAGCCAAGGCCCGCGCAGCCCAGGAGACGAACGCGACCCGCUUCGACGCCGAGCUUCAGCUCGACAACGUGUACAUCAUCACGAACGCGCUGGUCUCUAGCCACGACGAUUUCGGUCGUAAAUUCGACCCGCACCCCGACUUCGGCCUCCGAUUGUUCUCGGACACCAUCGUCCUCUGGGUGGACGACGACCUCCCCAUCCCGGAGAUCAAUGUCUCAGGAGACAUUGCAGCGAUGCCAACGAUCCCCGAGCUCCAAGUCAUCGAAGACGUUGGCAUGCUCGCGAUCGGCCACUCACUUGAACCCAGCGCCGACGACAAGAGCUUUGCCACGCUGGUGGAUGACUCGGCAGGCGGCUCUCGCGCCACCAUUCGUCUUACGUUGUACGGCAAGCAUGCCCGCUCAGCGACACAAGAUUGGGUUGGCCAGUCCCUCUUGCUUCAGCGUUUCAAAGUCAACGAUGGCGCCAUCUCAGCCUCCGCCCAUACAUGCAUUUCCAUUGCUGCUUCGUUGCCCGAGGCCAAGCGUCUCCUCCACUGGUACAGCACUCAGUGA